ACACACGGGGGGCGUCGCAUUUUAAAGCCCCGAUCCUCUAUUCUUUGACACCGCGCGGCAACAGCAGCAGGCGGUAGCUAAUAGCACGCAGAAUGGACAUGGCGCGGCAGCAGGAGGCAGCAGCUGAUAGCUUUCCGGCCGGCAACGGAUGGAUGGCGAAUGUGCUUUCCAGCCCUGUGGACGGGCGCUCGUCCACAUCAACCUGGACGACCCAGAUAGCGUUUGAGGAUUAUUCAGAAUAUGAGUAUUCUUACAGAUCUGAAAUCCAAGGACCCCGAGAUGACCGUGAUCUGGGCGAGGUUUUGGGGAGUACAAUGUGUAAUUAUUCUGGUACAUUCAGUCCUCUCACUAAUAUGAAGGAGAUUGAAUAUGAAUCUUAUUCACCAACUAGUUAUCAUGGCAUGACAUUACAAACAUAUGUUCCCGUGCCACCGGAGACCUGGAAGGUGAGGGAGAGGAGGCAUAUGCCAUCGGCUUUGCUGCCUGAGAAGGGGGAGGCCCCUGCCACCAUGGCCCUCCUGGAUGAAAGAGAAGGAAAUGAGGAGGAGGAGGAGGAGGAGGAUGAGGAGGGGAGAGAGGGAGGAGUGUCCACACAGCCGCUAGGCUGUCACUGGAGAACGAGGCCAGCACCCGCCGCCACACCGAGGGAGGAGGGGGGCAGCACCUCCGCCAUAGUAGAUCUACUAGAUUACAUGCGAAAGAGCGGUAGUGGACCAAGACGACCACGCCAGAAAGGAAAAUGGUGGCCUCUGCCUGACAAUUUUGGGAGCGCACCAUGCUUUUGGGACUUGUGUUCUUCAAGUAAAGUCGAUAAACAUGGACCCAGAAAAAAUAAUGAACAUUGGACACCUGAAGAGGUGAAAGUACUAGUUGAUGGCCUAUCUGAGCUUGGGGUUGGAAAAUGGUCUAAGUUGAAGAAACGAUGGUUUUCAGAUUCAAUUCGAACGGCUGUGAAUCUUAAGGACAAGUGGAGAAAUUUGUUGAUAGCUUAUACAGUUAGGCCUACCUCCAAAAAGAAGGGAAGUGCACCUCUCGAUAAGGAAGUGAUUAAGAAGAUUCAGAUGCUAGCAGUUAAUAACCCUUCUCCAAAAUGAAGCUGCAGUUAUGAAUGACCCAAAAAACAGUAUUUUAGGAAUUUUGGUGUAGCAGUGAUUAAGCACAAGAGUUGCGCUUAUUCAUAGUCCACUAAAGCAUAGGCAAUAUAAUACUAGUGUGUAGAUUGUAGAUUGAGCCAUCUGGAGGCAGCAGCUUGUAUCUCCUGCGUAAUAGCCUUUUAAAGUGAUCUUUUGUUGAUGAAGUAGAGGGAGAUCUCCUGCUCCACCACUUUUAUGGCCCAGUGUUAAGCAAAAAUUCGAAAACAAGAAUGGGUCCCGUUUUCAGUCGACAUGUCUUAUCAGUGCCUACCUACACAUUCUGAGUGUGGCUUCCUUUCUAGUCUUAUUUCUAAUUGGUAGUCAUCUUUACUGUUAUGUACAAUCAUCCCUUAAUUAAUCAGAAUGUCUAAUGACCGUGCCUGAUCUUAAUUUCACUUUGAUUUUA